AUGGUGUUUUACCCAAUAAUUGACAAAUAUUCUAAAACUGAAGUUUUGGCAAAACUUAAGGAUUCAAAAAUCAUCAUUCCAACGGUAUCAUUUGCCAAUGUGCCCCAACUUGCGAUCGAUUUAUUGAUCAGUAACCUUGAUACCAUUAAGAUUGGUAGACUUGAUGACCAAUACGUGUACCCUUUCAUUUCCUCUAUUGACCCACCAGUAUCCUCCACAGAAAACGUGAAGAUCGAAGGAGUAUGCACCAGUUUGGAAGUGUACUAUAGUGAAAAGUAUAACUUGACAUUAUUACAACAACGGUCACCGAUAUUACCAGAAUUCAAAUUACAAUUUUUGACCAAUGUGUUGGUUCCGUUCUUAACUGAUAUUGGGAAGUUUCAAGAGAUUGUGGUGUUGAACUCUGAGAAUUUGGUCAGCAACUACGACGAUUACAUCACCAAUAACAUUUCGAUAUAUUAUUCAUUAGAUUUACUUGAUGUCAAGUUCAAAUUGUUGGAAAUCAACGAUGCAAACAAUAACAAAAACCAGAUUUACAAGGAUAUAUCUCAAACAAAAGACCAAUUUGUCAAAGCGGUCCAUCAAGCGAUGGUGGAAAAGGACGCAAUCAACACCAACAAGAUAUCGUCGAUUGUCAUCCAUGUGUUUGAAGGGGAUAAUUUCCAAGAUGGGGUAUAUUUCUACCAAGAGAUUUUGAAAUUCUGUGAAAUUGCAUCGCCACACAACCACCAAUUAAUUAAACCGUACUCUUGGUUGGGAUUCUAUGGUGAUAAACCAAUUCCUUCAUCUAUCGAGGAAGGGAUAUUUGGUUAA